AGUCGACGAUCCCCGAUCCGUGGUGUGGUGGAGACGCGACACCAGAGAGAGAGUGGAAGAGACCAGACGAGGCAGCGCGGUUGCAGUAGUUCACAACAAUUUCCUCGAUUCGAGCCGGGCACUCCGCGUGAAACGUGUUUGCCAUCGGGAUGCGUUGGACGAGGAAUGUAUAAUGAGGUUCUCGUGCUUCCCGAGACCGAACAUUCUGGGUCAGAGGGGCAGCAUCAAUCUCACCCCUUUGCCCGGGAACGACGAACCGAGCGGCGUGACUGGUAUCAGUAUAAACGGAAAUGCGAAGAGUCCGGUAGUAACGAGCUACAAGCAGCCUGGGGAACCAGAUCUGAGUCAUGGCGUGAUACGACCCCUGCCCGGCGUCACGUUGUACAAUGGGACCGGGCCUUCUCUGAGCUCCGUUGGAAAAGGGAGAGCGCCGCUUCCGCCUCGACAUAACCACAGUCAUCUUCCCACUCAUCCGGAGAACGACCAAGAAGACGCAAGAAGCUCGAAUGACUCCGAUCAGCAACCAGCGAACAACCCCAGAGGCGGUGUCAUCGGCAGGACCCCGACGCCGCCCUCUGCGCCAACGCCUACCUAUGAGAAAGACGCCAAGAGCAGCCGACAGAUUAAGAGAGCCAUCUUGGAGAACGAGUUCCUCGGUAAUCUGGAAGAGAACCAGGUGGAGGCUGUAGUAUCCGCCAUGUACCCGAAACAAAUACCGCCGAGUACCUUGGUCAUACGAGAAGGAGAUAUCGGUUCGCAUCUUUACGUAUCGGCGGAAGGUGAGUUCGAUAUAUAUCAAGGCAACAAGUUCCAAAGAAGCUUUGGUCCCGGUGUGGCCUUCGGCGAGAUCGCUCUACUGUACAACACGAAACGACUCCGUUCCAUUAGCGUGAAGAAAGGUGGAAAGGUAUGGGUACUGGACAGAUCCGUGUUCCUCACCAUAAUGAUGAGGACAGCCCAAGAAAGGGUGGAAGGGAACAUCCGGUUUCUCCGACAAGUGUCCGUUCUCCAGAAGCUGCCGGAACCGAAGGAUCAUCUACUCGCCAAGAUUUCUGACCUCAUACGUGUGGAAUUCUUCGCCGCCGGAGCGAAAAUCGUCAGACAAGGCGAGAAGGGCGAGAAAUUCUACAUAAUCAGCGGCGGAAACGUCAGGAUCACGAAGGACGCCGAAUACGGCGGUGAGGAGGAAUUGGUUGUGCUCGGUAAAGGUCAAUACUUCGGCGAGAAGGCUCUUUACGACGACGAGGGUGAAAAUCGACGGCACGCGAACGCCGUGGCUCUUGCCCCUGGUGUCGAAUGCCUGACGCUGGAUCGAUCAACCUUCUUGAACUACCUGGGUGGUCUCGACGAGAUACGGAACAAGGACUGGCUAGCGGAGUACGAGAAACAAAAGCGUUCGCUGACCCCGAAGAAAUGGACAAACGAAUAUUCGAACCUCACAUUGGGCGACUUAGAGACCAGAGGCACGUUGGGCGUCGGAGGAUUCGGCAGGGUUGAAUUGGUCACCCUGAAGACGGAUCAGGAGAAGAGCUUCGCGUUGAAGAAACUGAAAAAGAAGGUGAUGGUCGAGCAACAACAACAGGAACACGUGUUGAAUGAGAAGCACAUCAUGCAGGCUUGUGAUUCGCCGUUCAUAUGCAAACUCUAUCAGACGUACAAGGACAGAAAAUAUGUCUACUUCCUGAUGGAGGUAUGCCUCGGUGGGGACGUGUGGACCACCCUUCAAAGGAGGCGAUAUUUCGACGACGUGACCGCGCAAUUCAUGAUCGGCUGCGUGGUGGAGGCUCUCGAUCAUCUUCACGCGUUGAACAUUGUCUAUCGUGAUCUGAAACCGGAGAACCUUAUGCUUGAUUCCCGUGGAUACUUGAAACUGGUUGACUUUGGGUUCAGUAAAAAGAUUGGCCCCUCCAAGACGUGGACGUUCGCUGGCACGCCGGAAUACGUGGCACCGGAAAUUAUCUUGAAUAAAGGACACGAUAGGGCGGUGGACUACUGGGCCCUCGGAAUAUUGACGCACGAGCUGCUGGUUGGGAAACCACCGUUCCGUGGCACCGAUCACAUGACCACAUACAACAAGAUUCUUAAAGGUAUCGAGGUGGUCGGUGUACCGAGUAUCGUCAGCAAGAACGCGAAUAAUCUGAUCAGAAAGCUUCUCCGUUUGAGCCCCUCGGAACGUCUUGGGUAUCAAAGAAACGGCAUCCAGGAUAUUCGAAAUCACAAAUGGUUCAACGGAUUCAAUUGGCAGUCCCUGCAGAGACUGACUUUACCAGCCCCGAUCGUUCCGACUGUACGAAGCCAAGUCGAUACUAGGAACUUCGAGAGGUAUCCACCGGACCGCAAUAUUCCACCGGACGAGUUCUCCGGUUGGGACGCGACCUUCUAAAUGAUCCGAUGAUUAUCAAGCUCUAUACACGUGCCUUAUCCGUCGGUUGAACGAUAAGAAUGGACGAUCUGCAAAAAAUUGCAUCGACGGACUCUUUGAAUGGCGAUCGUUUAAUAAAAAUUCACCGAUAAUACCGAACGUUUGCUGUCUUGAAUAGAUUCGAUCAUUGUACAGAUAGUUUCCCAUUUAAGCUUGCUAACUGACCUACGGCCACGAACGGGUAGACCGUAAUCAACCGAUUACCAUGCCGCUCAACGUUUCGGAUUCGUAGGAUACGUACGUGAAAGAAAAAAUAAAAAACUGACGCUCCGUGACGGCAUGGAUACUAAUAGUCCGCAAUGUUUCUUGAAUUGAUGAUAAAUUUAUACUUAAGUUAAUAAAAAAAAACGUCUGAACAAGAA